CUCUCUCUAAAAUCGGCAUCUCAUGGCGGUCAACGGACCGAGAGUAUGUCGCUCCUAGAGACUCCUCUUUGCUUCAGAGCUAGACUUUUCUCUCUCUUGACAGAGUCUAGACUCUAGAGUGGUUUUUUUUAGUUGAAAGCGGUUUGGUGACACUGGUUGGCGGUAUUUAGGGCUGUUUUGCAGUAGGGUUAUGGGGAGGACGGGAGGUAGCAGUAAGACGUACUCGGCGAAUCCCAACGACUACAGGCUUCUGGAAGAGAUUGGUUAUGGAGCUAGUGCUACGGUUUAUAGAGCGAUCUACGUGCCUUUCAAUGAAGUGGUGGCAGUGAAGUGCUUGGAUCUCGAUCGAUGUAACAGCAACCUGGAUGACAUACGCAGAGAGGCUCAAAUAAUGAGUCUGAUUGAUCAUCCAAAUGUUAUAAGGGCUUUUUGUUCAUUUGUUGUUGACCGAAAUCUAUGGGUAGUCAUGCCAUUCAUGGCUGAAGGUUCUUGUUUGCACCUCAUGAAGAUAGCGUAUCCAGAAGGAUUUGAAGAGCCUGCUAUUGCUUCUAUUCUGAAAGAAACAUUAAAGGCUUUGGAAUACCUUCAUCGACAGGGGCAUAUUCAUCGAGAUGUUAAGGCUGGAAACAUACUACUUGACACUAAUGGGGUGGUGAAGCUGGCGGACUUUGGUGUUUCAGCCUGCAUGUUUGACACAGGUGAUCGACAGCGUUCAAGGAAUACUUUUGUCGGGACUCCAUGCUGGAUGGCACCAGAGGUAUUGCAGCCUGGAAGUGGAUACAAUUCCAAGGCCGAUAUAUGGUCUUUUGGCAUAACAGCGUUGGAGUUGGCCCACGGUCAUGCACCUUUUUCAAAAUAUCCUCCCAUGAAGGUUCUGCUGAUGACCAUACAGAAUGCACCUCCUGGUCUUGAUUAUGAUCGUGAUAAGAAGUUCUCUAAGUCUUUUAAAGAAUUGGUUGCCAUGUGUCUGGUAAAAGAUCAAGCAAAAAGACCUACUGCAGACAAGUUAUUGAAGCACUCCUUCUUUAAAUAUGCAAAGCCGGCAGAGCUUUCUGUCAAGAAGUUGUUUGCUGACUUGCCACCUCUUUGGAAUCGUGUAAAAUCCCUUCAGCUUAAAGAUGCUGCACAAUUAGCUCUGAAGAGAAUGCCUUCGGCAGAACAAGAAGCUAAAUCACAGAGUGAGUACCAGCGCGGAGUUAGUGCUUGGAACUUUGAUAUUGAAGAUUUGAAAUCCCAAGCAUCGCUAGUACAAGAUGAUGAUGAUAUGGCAGAGCUAAGGGAAGAAGAUGAAAUCAUGAAAUCAGCUGUUACUGAUAAGGUGCUAAAAGAAUAUGAAUUUAGUUUAUCAAGAUCAAAUUUAAAUAGUGAAUUAGCACAAGAUGAGGCCCGGGGAAAAGCAAAUGAUAGUGAACACCAGUCUGAGAACGUGAAUAAAAAGGGCAAGACCCUUGAAUUUGAAAUACUAGAACCUGUCGGCCAGCAGAAGACUAAUUGGAAGAAAGAUGGAACGAGCACAGAGGCGAGUGCAUCAACCUCUGAAAAGGAUAUAGUUCAGGCAAUGAAUAAAACAAUAAAAAGUCGACAAACUCAGAGCGGCCCUCUCAUGCCUGGAAUUGCGCUUAGUCAUUCAUCAUCUGAAAAGGGGUGCACUCAUGAGAGGUUUGAGAUUGAAAGCCAACAAGUAGGUGAGAAAGCUACUCGUGAGUUUCGUAAAGCACCAAGCUUCAGUGGUCCAUUGAGGCUUCCAAAUCGAGCUUCGGCAAACAGUUUAUCAGCUCCAAUUAAAUCUUCAGGAGGAUUCAGAGAUUCUUUGGAUGAUAAAUCUAAGGCCAAUCUAGUCCAAAUUAAAGGACGAUUUUCAGUAACAUCAGAGAAUUUAGAUCUUGUAAAGGAUAUUCCAUUAAGUACAGUUCCACGUCGAUCUUCACAGGCAUCACCACUUAGAAAGUCUGCUAGUGUUGGUGAAUGGAUAUUUGAAUCCAAGCAAAUGUCUGCCAGUCAGUCCCCAAAAGAUAUUAGCAAUGGUACUGUACCUGCAAAUCAAGUCAUGCCUCACCUUCAGAAUAUUUUCCAACAGACCUCAACGCAACAGGAUCUUAUCUUGAAUUUGUUGAAUAACUUGCAACCAGCUGAGGUGGGAGAUGUUGCUCAAAAUGGAAAGCUACCGCCACUGCCUCGAAGCCCUGAGAACAAUGGAAAUGUUGAUACUGCAACUUAUGAGCGGGAGCGUUCCCUGCUCACCAAGAUUUCUGAGCUCGAAGCUAGGAUGAUGAGUCUGACAGAUGAACUGAAUGCUGAAAGGUUAAAAUUUGUACAAUUGCAACAGCACCUAAAUUCCAUCUCUCCUGAAGAAAAUUAGAAGAUGAAGAGUGCUUUUGAAGCCUAAAGUGAUGCCUCCAUGUACAUUCUGGCAAGGGCUGUAAAUGAUGCAGCAAAGAGUUAUAGGCAUUCUUUGCAUAAACAGAUCAUGCAGUCAUUUCUGGCCAUUGAUAAUAAUAUAAGGCAUCAACGAUCAGUCGGCAUCCAAAUCAGACUUACAUUGAAAGCUUUCUUUGGAGAUUUCUGCGAGCUCUUUAAUUGGGAGAGCAUCAGGAUGUCUUCUCUUUCAGGAGCCAGAUGCCAUGAGUAACGAGAAUUGAGUGUCUAUACAUUGAUAUUAAUUUAUGCUUAUUCAAACUUAUUAAUUUGUCAAUAGGAAUAGAUGAUCUUGUAUAUGUGAAAGUAGAAUCAGGUAAAAUCAUUCUCUCCUUUUAAUAUCUCAAAUAGUUCCAAGUUUUAUGAUAGCUUACGAUAUGGAGAUUUGUGACUAUUUUGACACCAACAUCUCCUUGCUUUGACUUGCUUGGAUGGAUGAAUCUUCUCCACUACAGAAAAUAAUGGAGGAAACCACCCUUGUGUUCUGCAAUAA